UGUCUUAGUUUCGGUCAAUUGGAUGGCAACGAUGUACUGGUUAUCAGCUUUGAUAUCAAAGACUUUGCAAAACAUGACGAAUGUUUGGCACAUGUAUUGACACAUUUCAAGCGACUCGAUAUACUGGUGUCAAACGCCGGUCGCAGUCAAAGGGCUGCCUUUCAGGACAUAGACAUUGAGGUCGACAAAGAGAUAUUUGACAUCAAUGUGUUCGGGCUCGUCAACCUGACCAGGGUCGUGUUGAGAUACUUUCUCAACCAACAGAUUAAGGGUCAGUUUGUGGUCACAUCGAGUGCAGCCGGAAAGAUAGGGGCGCCCAACUCUGCCUCCUAUACUGCUUCCAAACAUGCAUUACAUGGCUACUUUGAGUGCUUGAGGACUGAAGUGCAGACACUGGGUAUGUCGGUGACAAUCGCCUGUCCGGGACCGGUAUUCUCGCGUAUUCUCGAGAAUCUAUACACCGAUAAAAUGGAUGUAAAAGUGAAUAAUGAGAAAAACGCGAGGAAUGCCUACCGAAUGGAUACGAGUCGAUGCGCUUAUCUCAUGGCUAUAGCAAUGGCUAAUGGUUUGGAUGAGAUAUGGGUUUGUCGGCAGCCGUUGCUAACAAUGUAUUAUUUGAUGCAAUACUUGCCCACAAUUACCAGGAAAUUGAUGCCAGUGUUGGCGCCUCCGGAACGCCUCCGCAUUAUGAGAGAUGGUGUCACACAAGUGUAG